AUGUCAACCCCUAGCAACGUUAAGGACGAGCCGGUAGAGGAAACUGGAAUUUCAGACAAUACCCCCAAUGCGACAGAGAGCGAUACCAAGAUGAGUGACACGGAAGAUGUUAAGAAGGAAGUCAAGCAGCUUGAGGAUUUGUUUGACGACGUCGACUCUGAUGAUGAGUUUCCUACAAGUUCUGCGGCGAUCCAGCCCAGUUCACCAGUUGCUCCCCUGUUCGAUGCCAUGUCUUUGAAGGCUUCAGACCCAGAAGUCAUGCGAAGUUUCUACCAGCGAUUGUUCCCUUGGCGAUACCUAUUCCAGUGGCUUAACCAUAGUCCUACACCAACCAACGACUUUGGCAAUCGAGAGUUUGCCUUUACCUUACAGAAUGAUGCCUACCUCCGAUAUCAAUCUUUCCCUACUGCUGAUACACUGCGAAAAGACGUCCUUCGAUUGAUGCCAUCUCGUUUCGAAAUUGGUCCCGUUUACACUACCAACCCGCGCGAUCGAAAGACACUACGAAACUCAUCUGCUUUCAAACCCCUUGCGAAGGAAUUGUGCUUCGAUAUCGAUUUGACAGACUACGACGAUAUCCGAACAUGCUGUGACAAGGCGAACAUCUGCAACAAGUGCUGGCAGUUCAUGACCAUGGCUAUUAAAGUGGUUGAUGUGGCGCUUAGGGAAGACUUUGGCUUCAAGCACAUCAUGUGGGUGUACUCGGGUCGACGAGGUGCUCACGCCUGGGUUUGCGAUAAGAAAGUUCGAGGCAUGGACGAUCAGAAGAGAAGGGCAAUUGCUGGCUACCUCGAGGUGGUUAGGGGAGGUGCACAGAGUGGAAAGAAGGUCAACGUGAGGAGACCGCUACACCCUCAUCUUGCACGAAGCUUGGAAAUCCUCAAGACUCAUUUUCAGGAGGAUGUUCUUGAGAUGCAAGACCCCUGGGCCUCUCCCGAACAGUCUGAGAAGCUUCUGCAGCUUCUGCCAAACCAGAACCUCAAUGAGUCACUACGAAGGAAAUGGGAUGCUGCCCCAGGACGUGCCUCGGCCUCCAAAUGGGCGGACAUCGAUGCUGUAGCAAAGUCAGGCGCCAGCAAGAACCUCGAUGCCAGACAGCUCCUGGAAGCCAAACAAGAUAUUGUCCUGGAGUACACCUACCCCCGACUUGAUAUUGAAGUCAGCAAGAAGCUCAACCAUUUGCUCAAGAGUCCUUUUGUCGUGCAUCCCGGUACCGGCCGUGUAUGUGUACCUAUCAACACCAAGAACCUCGAGGAUUUCGACCCGCUGGGCGUGCCUACGGUACAGGGUCUUCUAGCAGAGAUCGACUCUUGGAAGAGCGAGGAUGAAGAGGGCGGUAAGGGUAUCGCUGAUUGGGAAAAGACGAGCCUGAAGCCUUAUAUCGACCAGUUUAGACACUUCGUCAACGGGUUGAUGAAGGACGAGAAGGACGUCAAGGUUAAGCGGGAGAGAGAUGAGGAAAGCAUGGAAUUUUAG